CGCAGUUCGGUGCAGCAGCGCAUCCCGCGCCUCACUGCAGUGAAAAACGUCCCAUCCACCUACAGCACACACGCAUUGCGUCUCCGCUAGUUAUUUUUUUUAGCUCCCAUCAACACCAACGCGUUAGGAGUAGCUGAACGCGCCUUAUCGACAUUAUAAAUCAGAAAAUAAAUAAAGGAAUAACUUUCUUGUUCGAACCAGAGGAGCUUUUCUGCAUCUAAAGCCUUGUCAGCCUCGACAACAUGGGCCUCAAAAGCCAGGACCCCCUGCCUCCCACUAGCAAUCUCACCUCAGGACAAGUGGGCUCCUUCCAGAAGGUGGAGCCUAAAACCUUGGGGGCCGUCCAGAUCAUCAUCGGGUGUCUUGUCCUCUGCCUGAGCGCCUCUGUGUUGCAGCUCCACGAGAUCCACUUCACUGGUGAUGUCGCUGUCCUUUUGAUUGUUGUCUUACAGCUCAUCCUGUCUGGGUCGGUCCUUGUCCACGCGGGCAGGAAGCCUUCUCUCUUUUGGGUGAAAUGUACCCUGGUGCUGCACUUGAUUAGUGCUGCCUUCUCCACGGCUGCUCUGGGCCUGAUGUCCAAACACCUGCCCUACCGCCAGGACUCCUACCACUGUGAACACUGCCGGAGACUGGAGCUGCAUGCUGUGCAACAUUGUUUCAGGAAAUGCACUGGGCUGAUCGAAAUGAAAUGUAAACUCCUGAUUGACGGCAUCAUAGGUACUCUGGUUAUCUUCCUUAUUCUGGAGCUGCUCAUCUGCAUCACAGCCAUGCUGUUUGGCCUCAGUGUGCUGGCCUCAAGUGGUGGAAUGCAGUCAUCCAGUGGAACUCAGCGCCCAGCCUACCCCCAGACUCGCCCCCCAGCAGGUCCCCCUGCUGUGCAGGCUGCAGCAUCUCAGCAGGUGGCCGUUGUUGUCACUGAACCCGAUUCCGACCAGGUAGAGGAGGUCUCCACUCCCCCCACUGACCCACAGGUGGAGCCCAUCGAGGCGGCUGAGCCCUAAACCAAACCUCCUUCAUCCUCCACUCCAGCCACUUGGGCCGGAUUAUAUGCGCAACAGUGUUGGUCUUAAUCUGAAUUCCAAAUCGAGCCCUAGACAGUUCUGUAGAUCUGAAACGAUUAAAUAGGUGGUGGAAAUUCCACCCAGCCUAACUAAAGGCAAGGUGAAGCAUUUGGCCUACAUACUGUUCAAACCUUUCAUAUCCUUUCAGAUCUACAGGAAUGCCAAGGGGUAAAGGGGCUAGGGGUUAAUUGGGAAUUCAGCUUUCUAAGGAGAUGGUGUGGUGACUGGCAGGGCAAAUUCUCAUGAAUGACAUAUAACUGUUUUGCCGUAAAUGAAGGCACUCAAACCAGUAUUGCCUCAGUAAUUAUUAAGCUAUAUAAAAUGGGAAGAAAAUGUCAAUUGUUACCAAUGUUAUUCAUUUUGAGGAUGUUUGCAAAGCUACGAGACUGAUUAUAAGUAUUAUCAUGGAUGCAGAAAGUGAAGGAUGAACAUAUAGGACAGGGGUUCUACCUCUCUGAUCCUGAGGAGGGUAUGCAGGCUUUUGUUCUAGCCCAACACUAACACAGCAGUUUCAAAUAAUCAACUAAUCAAGGUCUUAGUUUCUAACACUGUCACUGCAUGGAUUGGAGGAUUCUAGGGACUAACUGAAGCUAAUGUAAAAUUGUAUGUAGGUAUACUUUCAUUGCUUCUUUUGUUGUUUUUUUGGUGGCAUCACACUUUUUGAGACCAAAUAAUACACGCUUUUAUCACUACCGUGUCAUAAUACUGUAUAGUGAUGUAUUCAGGAUGCUUCUUGCUUUACAUAAUAUAAUUCUGUUCAUUGUUUUUAGUCUAGUUUUGCACAUUCAUGUAUUUUAAAGUGAAUGAUAUCACAGCUCUAAUCACUUACCAAGCUAACCAACCAAUGCUGGCAAUGUAUUGUCGUGCUCAUUGAGAGGAUUGUAUCAUGUUAGAAUAUAGAAUAGUUGUAGAUGAACACUGAUGAACACAUUAGAAAAAAGCAAACAAAUACUGUUACAUGCCACAUCAACACACAGAAUACGUAAUUGAUCCCUACCAUAGCCUAACCUUUUCCGUGUGUGUUAUGAUUCCAUCAUAAGAAACCUGACUUGUAUGGCAUUUGUUUGAAUAUCUACUUUCUUUAUUUGUUUCUUUAUUACUUGUUUGUUUAUUGAACAAUUUGCUCUAACAAAGCAAAAGAGUCUCUUGCGUAUGCUCUAAUAUUCUAGACAUACUAAAAUACUCAAACAGUAAGAAUAUUCUGGACUGCCCGAAAAAAUAUUAAAAUGUAUGUCCAUUUGACACUUUAACCAAAAGCUAACUGACAUUGUCGUACUCGUUUUUGUGUCAUUCCAGCCCUUGUUGACCACUGAACUAACUUUUGCAGUUCUUCCUUUUGCAACAAUACAGCACUUGUCGACCACCCUCCACCUCUUUUCAUUGUGAAGAAAAGUCACUGCUGUUAGUGUAAUAUUUGUGCAUGGUCCACUGAUGCCUUGUCCUCACAAGAGGGCAGCAUUGGUGAAUGUGUUGAUGUCCUAAAGGUCUGGUUUGCUGUUUAUUUACAAUGUGUUUGACUGUGCUAUUGAUAUGGGUAUUUCUGUUAACAUGCAAUAAAGUAAGUCUUUCAGAGCCAA